CUCCUCAGACAAUCGUAAAGCUGCUCCUGACCGCUCACCUGCUCCUGCCUCCCAGAGCCUACUACUGCUGCCCCCGCCGCCCCUCCCCCCUUCAGUUCUCCUCCCCCGCCCGUGCCCAGUGCUGGCAGAGGAGGAGAGCAUGGUGGGGUAGAGGAUGAGUCGGCCAGCAGACACAGAGGCAGUGGUCCCGAGUGGUCCCCACUGAUCACCUCCCCCGCCCAGAAGAGGAGGAGGAGGAGGAGGAGGAGGGGUUCCUAGAUAAUUGCCACAUUUCUUGUUUUCCUUCUCCCCCACCCCCUUCCCCGUAAUUACUUUGGUUGCCCGAGGGGAGAGGGAGCGACGGAGGAGCCGCCCGCCUGGUCCUCCCGGGUGCCCCACCGCCUGCUCCUUCCCGUCCCGGGGCAGGAUGACUGGAGUCUUUGACAAUCUGGUGGCUGAUAUGCACUCGAACCAGAUCACUGCCUCCAGCAGUUACCACCAACACCACCACCAGCACAGCGGCAGCGGCAACAGCAGCACGAGUCUGCACAAGCCCCAGGAGUCCCCCACGCUACCCGUGUCCACCGCCACGGACAGCAGCUACUACACGAACCAGCAACACGGGGCAGGGGGCAGCAGCGGCGGCGGCGGGUCCCCCUACGCGCAGAUGGGCUCCUACCAGUACCACGCCAGCGGCCUCAACACCGUUCCUUACUCUACCAAAGCGGGCUACGACCUGGGCUACACCGCGGCGUACAGCUCCUAUGGGCCCUACGGAACCAGCUCCUCCCCGGCCAACAAUGAGCCCGAAAAAGAAGAAUGCGAGCCCGAAAUCAGAAUAGUGAACGGGAAGCCAAAGAAAGUGAGGAAACCUCGAACCAUUUAUUCCAGUUUCCAGUUAGCAGCUCUUCAGAGGCGAUUCCAAAAGACUCAGUACUUGGCACUGCCCGAAAGAGCUGAACUAGCCGCCUCUCUAGGCCUCACACAGACUCAGGUCAAGAUCUGGUUCCAGAAUCGCCGUUCUAAGUUCAAGAAGAUGUGGAAAAGUGGAGAAAUUCCUUCAGACCAGCAUCCCGGGAGCAGUGCCUCUCCACCCUGCGCAUCACCUCCAGUCUCAGCACCAGCUACCUGGGAUUUCACCCCUCACCAGCGGAUGAACAGCGCCGGAGGAGGAGGAGGAGGAGGAGGCAGUGGAGGUAGCGCUAGCGGAGGUGGAGGUAGCUCAGGCUCCAGUCCCAGCAGCGGUACUUCAGCUUUCCUAGGCAACUAUCCGUGGUACCACCAGGCUUCCAGCUCGGCUUCCCACCUCCAGGCCAGUGCACCGCUAUUGCAGCAUACCCAGCCCCCGCAGGCCCAUCACCACCACCAUCCCCACCACCAUCAUCACCACAGCAGCAGCAGCUCAGCCGUGAGCGCAGGGACGAUAUUUUAACUUUGGAAGAGAUUGGGAGAGAGAGAGAAAGAGAAAGAGAGAGAGAAAGAGAGAGAGAGAGAGA